AACACGUAGACGGUAUACGCAUUACGCAAGUUACUAACGUAGUGCGAGUGCAAAACCAGUGCACCACCAGGUUUACGAAUGGAAUUCGCUAUAAUACAUUCAAUCUAUCCAGAAGUUAGGAAUGUUGUAUCGAAUUCCCGUAGUUUUUAUGUCAUCGCAACGUCAGAUGACCGUGGCUACCGCGAAAUUCGCGAAAAUAUUGAGGUGGAGCUAGGAGCACAGAACGGAACGGGUUGAGCCAAAGACAAAGAACCUAACCUAACGAAACCAAACAAAAUCUGUUGAAAUUCCGAUCAUUCCAUUUAUAUUUAUUUACUUUCCCUUUCCAUUGAAUACAAAAUAUUAAGAUACCUACAUAAAAAUAAUCAAUAUGGAUGAUGAAAGGUUUACGGUAAGUGGCUGGGAAGACGACCUACUCGAUAUUGACGAAACAAGAAAUCCUACAGAUAAGCUACAAGCAGAAAUAUUGGAAGCAUGUGAGAAAGGCCUUCUAGAAAGAGUAAAAUCCCUAAUUGAAACUGAUCCUGAUCUUGUAAAUGCAACUGACAAAGACAAAUACACUCCUCUGCACCGAGCAUGCUAUAGUAAUCAUUUAGAUAUCGUGAAGUAUCUGAUACAGAAAGGAGCAAACAUUGCAGCUAAGACAGAAAUGCAAUGGCAGCCCCUCCACUCCUGUUGUCAAUGGAAUCAUGUAGACUGUGCAGCUGUUCUGAUACAAAAUGGGGCUGAUGUGAAUGCCAAGUCUGAAGGAAGUCAAACACCUCUGCAUAUUGCUGCUUCACAUGGGGCAUCAUAUGAUACUGUUCAGCUACUUCUUAUGCACCCUUAUGUGGAUCCUAGUAUAAGGAAUAAUAAUGGGGAGACUGCUAUUGAUUUAGCUAGGAGGGGGUCUAGAUAUUAUAAUAUUUUCGAAAUGGUUGACCCCUUACUAAAUGACAAUAACUUUGGGUGUUUGAAAUGAAUCUAUGAAAUAUGUUUGGAUUUCUUCUAGGAAAAGAAGAUAGGUACAUGAUAUAUGGAUGUAAUUUUCCUCUUUGCAAUAUUUGGUACUGCAUUUGUCUUUAUAAAAUAUAGGCUCUGUUUCAUGGUUGUUUGUAUAGGCAGAGAUCAGUCAGUGACUGAUCUCUGGCAUAGGUUUCAAGCACCUAUUCA